GGUCCUGGCGGCCCUCCUGCAGCUGCUGAUGGACGAGCUGUACGGCGGAGACACCUUGAACCUGACGCUCAGCCGGACGAUCAAGCUGUUUCGCAUUACGCGGGUGCUCCGGAUCGUCAGGAUCGUCCGAAUGGUCCAGAGCUUGCGGGUCAUGAUCUUCGCGAUCUUCAGGUCUCUGGACGUCUUGUUCUGGGUCCUGGCCGUGCUUCUCUUCUUCAAGUACGUGUUCGCCAUGAUUUUCAUGCACGGCACAAUCUCGUACUUCGAUUCGUACCCCAACGAUGGAGUCACGCUCACUCUUGAUGAGAAGCAGUUUUGGAGCACUUCGCAGGAACACUUCGAUUACAUGAUGACGAGUUGGGGCAGCAUUGAACGAGCCAUCGUGACCCUCUUCGAGAGCAUCACAGGCGGCCGGGAUUGGGGGGAAGUGUACCAAUCACUGGUGAAGAUUGGUAUUUUGUAUGGCAUCAUGUUCCUGUUCUACAUAUAUCCAGCUGCCUCGGCACGUCGGCGGAUCGGUACCGUAGUCGAUGUCACGUCUGGCGUUGCUGCCAGGGACCGCGACCGCAUGGUUGAGGACGAGAUGAAAGCCCUCAAGGACUAUGCCAAUGACAUCAAGGAGUUCUUCCGCCAGGCGGACGCAGACAACUCAGGCCAGCUGUCGUGGGAGGAGUUCCGGACGCAUUUGGACGACGACCGUGUGAAGGCGUAUUUCCAGACCUUGGAUCUGGACAUCCGGCAGGCGCACAUCUUGUUCAAGUUGCUGGACUGCAACGACAACGGGGAGGUUGGGAUCGAGGAGUUCCUCGAUGGCUGCCUGCGUCUGAGGGGCCACGCGAAGAGUCUGGACCUGAAUUUGGUGAUCUACCAGCUGGAGAGUCUCAUCAAAGGGAGCUCGUUGAUAGCUGGCGACUACGCUGCACCAAGAAGUAAGAUGGCAGUGAAGUGCACCCCGCCCACGGAUGACGAGCGACCCUAGUCUAUAGUUGCUGUUGGCCCUGAAGGGGCUCGGCGGGGUACGCUCCUCGGCUGGAACCGAGCAUGUGCCCUCACCACAUGCGCUGUUCAGUAAUUUCGUAAUCUGUCGCUCGAUGCGGUCUUCAAGCCACUAUAACGCACUCCUGGCGGCAUGGGCUUGCACCGCUUCCGUGCGGCUCAGGGGCCCAGCCGUUGCACCAGCACAGUGACUGGCUCGAUGUUUAGUAGAGAAAGGGCAUGCCCUUUGAAUUCUGUUUUUGAGCCGGGAUGCGCUGGAUCCCUUGCGUCCCUCACUUCUGCUUCCUGCCUUGACCAAUCUUCCGAAAUUGCAGUUGUCGCGGCUGGCGAGCUGGUGAGAUAUGGGCGGCAACUUCGAUACGGAAGUGUACUGUCUGCCUGUCCGAAUGAACAAGGGAGCCAGGAUCGAUCAUGUAUGCAGAG